AUGGAUGAUGAGGCGCCUCCGCCGCCAUACUCCGCCGUGGACCCUUUACUCGCACCAUCAGCCAGCAACACAAAUGCAACAUCCUCGUCAACUGCAGCCCCAAGCCUCCUCCGCCUCCGUGGUGGAGAUGCACAGCUGCGUGCUAGUCGAGGCAGUACGCCUGUAGGGGCGUCUGCUGCACUCCCUACUCAUUUCACCUCGGCUGCUGCGUAUUUCGCUGAACGGCCGCCUCCAGUCCUUGGGGAUGCAGAGCCAGUCCUGGAGCACCAUAUGACCAUCUACCCGCGGAGUCAAGCAAAGGACUUCCCGCGGCGCCCGCGAUGCUGGAGCCCGCGGAUGGGAAACAUUGCCCAGCAAGACUGGGAUAUGUUUCUGCGGCACCUGUUCCCUCCGCACCUAGGCCUUGCUUCUUCAUCCGCUGAGCUUCCGCGGCAGGUGAGGGCUGAGAUUCGUCGAGACCGGAAAGACCGGCCCCAGGAGACAGAUGAGGAACGGGAGAGGCGUAUUGCGACGGUGAUGAAGGAGUGGAACCAGUACUUCUUCGAGCUGCGUGCGGUGCGGAUUGUGUUCUUCUAUGUCACCGAUCCAAGAAAUGCGCCAAUCUCCCCGCUCUGUCCGAGAUGUUAUCCCGCUGCGACAAGGGCCUCGCAGGAGAAUCGCGGUGCUCAGGUGCCGGAAGCUGGCAGAGGGCAUCCUUUGCAGGCUAAUAUGCACCCCGCGGCGGCAGGGUAUCCCCAGGGUCCUAUAUACCCUGGUCAAGCGCCGAUGCCGUACGGGUAUCCUAAUCCUAAUAUGAAUCUUUAUCCUCCACAACAAGGUUCUGGGUUCUUUCACCCCGCAAAUCCCCAUGUGUACCAGAAUCAAUACCCGCAGCACCAGCCGUGGGGUUGGGGCGCUCAGUACCCGCAGCAGUACGAAAGCUCGAGUCUGAAAGGCGGACCGCUAGGCUGGUUCUCGAGUCUUGCUGCACAGGCCCAGAAAUAUGGCGAUCGCAUAUCGGAGCAGGCUCAGCACUACGGAGACCAGAUCACCGCACAUGCGCAUUACUACGGCAGCAAAGUCGAGGAACAGGCAAUGGCCCACGGCCGCUGGAUUGAAGAGCAGGCUGGUCUGGGCGGGAGGAAAGUCGAAAGCACAUUUCCUGGAUGGAACCAGCCGCAGUCAUAUCCAUACUAUUACCCUCAACAACAACCUCAGCCUCAGCCUCAAGCUCAACCCCAGCCAAGCACUACUCCCCAACCUACCCAGCAAAGCCAACCAGCACAAGAGAGCGGAGUAACCCAGACUCAGCAACCGUCUACCCAACCGCGACAAUCACAGCAACCCCAACAGCCCCAACAACAACAACAACAACCAACGAAUUCAAACCGUCCUACUCCCCGCCCCCGUCGAGAUUCCACUUCCUCCACGACGUCUGAUUCAUCUCUCUCCUCCAUCGACUCCAUCUCCACAACAUCAGACCUCUCCUCCGGCGACCUCGCCACCGUCCGCGCCCAACUCCUCUCCCUCUCCGCCCACCACGACCGCGACCUCUACGACGCAGCCGUCGAGCUCCGGCGGCAACUCGACGCCCUCCGCGAAUCCCGCCGGCAAGCCCGCGUCUCUUCAACCCGCCGCUGGCGUCCAGGCUGGAGCCAGUCAAGGGACCAAUCAUCGUCGCAGUCGUCGUCGGCUCAGGGGCGGAGCAGUUGGGGACGAUGGGAGAGUCCCGCGGAUCGGCAACGGAAUCAGGCGGAGAAGCGCGCGGCGAAGGAGGAGCUAAAGGCUACGAGGAAAGCGUUUCGGGAGGUGCUGAAGCGGGCGAGGGAGGAGCAGAAGGAGUUGCGGAGGGCGAAGAAGGCGAGGAGGAGGCAGGAGAGGAGGGAGAGGGAGAGGGAGAGGUUGGCUCAGGGUCAGGCUGCGGAGGAGGCUGCUUUGCCGGCUGGGCCUGCGUCUGCGCCGUUGUCUGAGGCGAAUUUGGAGCAGCGGUUGCAGAAUCUCGAGCUGGAGAGUAACCCGCAGAGGCGUGCUGUUCCGGCUCAGACUCCAACGCAGCGCACCGAUGCUGAUGGCGACUCCGAGAGCAGCGCCGUUAGUUUGAUCAGCACGCCGAGCGCUAGUUCGGAAGAUGAAACGGAUGCGAACAAGAAGGAAAAGGAAAAGAAGGUCGCCAAGGAAACCAAAUGA